GUUAACCUGACAGAAAACGCCUUGGGGUGAGAGAGGAAGAGAAUUUUUCGUGCCGAAAAGUUUCACACAAAGAGUGGAAUUAACAUGACUGAUGCUGAGAAGGCGCCUGACGCUGAAAAAACCUAUUUUGAAGAAAAAUCUGCCCUCUAUGCCGCUGCGAUCUUCAGAAACGAGUACAUUACCACACACAAGGCGUUAUACCCUGAGGACAAAUCUUUUGCUGAAUCGAUUGUGAGCCCUGGAGGAUGGUGGAGUUCGUACCCUGAUCAUGUUGGAGAUGCUGCUGACAAUCGCUGGGAAAAAAUGACUGACGAGAAGAAGGCUCCUUACUACGCUAAGGCCAAAGAGGUCCUAGAGGACAACCAAAAGGAGCAAUCGGUGAAAGAGGAAAAGGCAGCGAGGAGGAGGAGAAGGAAGGUAAAAUGAAGAGGAGGACGAUAUCUAGUAUAAUAAUUUAGUCUGUUGAAUGAAUGAUUUGCACCAUCUCUAUUUUUGUUCCGACGUUGAUUGAAAGACUUGCAGCUUCUCUACUUUUGUUCUUCUUUUCACUACCACGUUUUACAUAAUAGUUUUUAAUAGAAUCUGGUCUUCUAUCAUAAUGUCGAAAUAAG